CCCAGCCAUGGACAAGCUCGCCACUGUAGUGGCCCUGUACUCCGCCCUGCAGCUUGCUCUUGCCUGCGGCGCAGCUGCUGCCUCCGCCGCGGCGCAGGUCAACAAGUCCUGCGUCACCGGCGCCGCCGGCGCCGCCGUCAGCAUCGGAUACGGCGGAGCCGGUGCCGGUGCUAGUGCAGGCGCCGGCGUGUCGCUUGGCGGCGACGCGUACCGGUCGGCCUGCCCCCUCGCCGAGGAGAUCGUCCGCGCCGCCGUCGAGCGUGCCGUCGCCGCUGACCCCCGCAUGGCGGCGUCGCUCCUCCGCCUCCACUUCCACGACUGCUUCGUCAAUGGUUGUGACGGCUCCGUGCUCCUGGACGACAACCCGUUCUUUGUCGGCGAGAAGACGGCGGGGCCGAACGCCAACUCGCUUAGGGGAUUCGAGGUCAUCGACGACAUCAAAGCCGAGCUGGAGAAGGCGUGCCCUGAGACCGUCUCCUGCGCCGACGUCCUCGCGAUCGCCGCCCGCGACUCCGUCGUGGCAUCCGGCGGGCCGAGGUGGCAGGUGGAGGUCGGCCGGAAGGACAGCCGCACGGCGAGCCUGCAGGGCGCCAACACCAACCUCCCGGCGCCAACGUCCGGCGUCGCCACCCUCGUGCAGAAGUUCAGGAACGUUGGCCUCUCCACCAAAGACAUGGUCGCUCUAUCCGGCGCGCACACCAUCGGGAAGGCACGAUGCACGACGUUCAGCGCUCGCCUCGCCGGCGUCGGCGUCUCGGCCGGCGGCGGCACUCCUCAGGGCGACAUGGCGUUCCUCCAGUCGCUGCAGCAGCUGUGCGCGGUGUCCGCCGGGUCGGCGCUGGCGCACCUGGACCUGGCUACGCCGGCCACAUUCGACAACCAGUACUACGUCAACCUGCUCUCCGGCGAGGGCCUGCUGCCGUCCGACCAGGCGCUGGCCUCGGCCGGACCAUCCGCGGCGGCCAGGGCGGAUGAGGACGUGGCCGGCCUCGUCGCCGCCUACGCAUUCGACGCGUCGCUCUUCUUCGACGACUUCGCGUCGUCCAUGCUACGGAUGGGGAGGCUGGCGCCGGGAGCCGGCACCACCGGCGAGGUCCGCCGCAACUGCCGGGUGGUGAACUAGCUGAGAUAUGUAUGUACGUACGUAGUAUAUAUAUAGGAGUAUAUGUUAGUCAUGUCAUGUGUCGUUUUAGCUAAAUUAGCGAGCUGUGCUUUAUUGUCUAGAUAUUUGUUUAGUUUCUUUGGGUAACCAACUCUAUCUGAUGUGCCCCUAUAUUGUACCCUGCAAGUGAUGAAAUAAUUAAUUUAACUGAUGGGUUUGAUUG